AUGCCGUCCAACAAGGAGCUGCGCAUCAUUACGCUGCUCGUCAUCGAUGUCGCCUUUUUCUUUGUCGAGAUCAUCACCGGCUAUGCCGUCGGCUCGCUCGCCCUCGUCGCCGACAGCUUCCACAUGCUCAACGACGUCAUGUCCCUCAUCGUCGCCCUCUACGCCGUAAAGCUCUCGUCCAAGGACUCGGACCACCGCUUCUCCUACGGCUGGCAGCGCGCAGAGAUCCUCGGCGCCCUCAUCAACGGCGUCUUCCUCCUCGCGCUCUGCUUUAGCAUCUUUAUGGAGGCCAUCGAGCGCUUCAUUAACGUCACCGAGGUCUCGAACCCCAAGCUCGUCGUCAUCGUCGGCUCCCUCGGCCUCGCCUCGAACCUCGUCGGCCUCCUCCUCUUCCACGACCACGGACACGCCCACGGCGGCCACUCGCACGGCCACGGCGGGCACAGCCACGGCGCCCACUCGCACGCCCACUCGCACGGCGUGGCCAGCACUGACACGGCCGACGAGCAUGCAGAAGGCGACAGUGCCAAGCCGCUGCACGUAGGCGGCAGGAAGACUCCCUCGUCGUCUUCUGCGACCGAGGUCAACGACGACCUCGAGGAUGGCGAGGCCGGUCCCAGCAAGCCGGCGACGAGGCACGGGAGGCAGGGCAGCGUCAGCAGCCUCUACCUCCACCCUGCCCAGACGCGCGCCUUUGUCGUCCAGACCGCCCACGACCUCGGCUACGACUCGCCCUCGCGCCGAGACGCUUCUGGCGCUGGCGCUGGCGGCAGCGGCGAGCCCUCCAAGCUGCUCGAGAACAGGCCCACCAACUACGGCGCCGUGUCGACCGAGCAGAAUCUCGCCGAUGCCGACCAGGACGUCGAGUCGGGCGUCGCUGGCGGCGGUGCCAAGCAGAAAAAGGGCGGCCUGUUUGGCGGCAGGAAGAGCAAGCGCAGCAGCCAUGACGAUCACGACGGGCACGCCCACUCCGAGGCCGACCACGGACACUCGCACGGCGGCCACGGGCACGGACACGGACACGGACACGGCCACGGCGAGGGCAGCAUGAACAUGCGCGGCGUAUUCCUGCACGUGCUGGGCGAUGCGCUGGGCAACGUCGGCGUCAUUGCCGCCGGUCUCUUCAUCAUGCUCUCGGACGCGCCGUGGCGCUUCUACAGCGACCCGAUGAUUUCCUUCAUCAUCACCAUCAUCAUCUUCCACUCUGCGCUGCCGCUGGUCAAGUCGGCGUCGUUUAUCCUGCUGCAGGGCGUUCCGACGUCGGUGUCGCUCGAGAGCGUGCGGCGGUCGAUCAAGGGCGUCGACGGCGUCAUCAACCUGCACGAGCUGCACGUGUGGCAGCUGAGCGAGAGCAAGAUUGUGGCGUCGGUCCACGUGCUCGUCGACUGUUCGUCGAACCAGAACGAAAAGUACAUGGAGAUUGCGGCCGAGAUCCGGGCCGAGCUGCACCACUGGGGCAUCCACUCUUCGACGAUCCAGCCCGAGUUUAUCCCGGGCGGGUUGAGGGAGGCGGCGCGCAUCACGGGCGUCAGUGUGGCGGCGGGGGCGGGCGAGACGGACGAGCAGGGACGCCUCAUGACGACCGAGGGGGCGCUCGUCGAGGACGAGGUGGGACGCGCGGAUACCGCCUGCCUCAUCGCGUGCGGUACCGACGAUAGCUGCGUCGGCGCUAGCUGCUGCCCGCCCCCGCCCGCGCCGCCUGCCGCCGGUUCCGCCUCGGCCAGCGGAAGGACGACGCCCAAGAGCCGUAGGCCCAGCUAG